CUCGAAAUACAUCCUUCGCGCAGCACACACCAGCUUGUUCUCGUCCCUCAUCACCGCCCUCCUCCCUCGGCCGCCGGCAUCCAAUCUGAGUGGGCGGGAGGACCUCCCCAACCCCUGAACCCGCGUCUAUACCCGCCCCUGCGCGCUUAUAAAACCGGCCCGGAUCGCGCCGGAAAGUCUUGGGUCUUCAGAAUCGCUCAGGGUUGCAGCAGAACAUCCCCCCUCCUCCGUCUUAUCCCUCCCCUCUCCAUCAUCCUCUCACUGUUUUUAGGAGACUCUUUUUACGCAUCAUCCAUCCUCACCCCAUCCACCACCACCACCACCACACUCCACAACUGUAGCGGGACCGUCUUUCUGCAGGCCAGUUGCAUGCAUUGUUCGUCUCCCAAAAUGGUUUGCGAGACUAAAAUCGUUGCGGAUGAACACGAGGCUAUACCUGGGACCAAAAAAGAGCCGAUGAUGUGGGGCUCCACGGCGGCCCCCGGCGCGGCUCUGAGCCCCGCCGCCGAGCCCAAGGAUGUGCGGAGGGACGGGGUGUUUAUCCGCGAGUUCGAGCGGGAGGACCAGGAGGAGGUGCUGCGCAUCUUCCACGAGGGCAUCAUGGAGCGGAUACCCAACUCGGCGUUCAGGGGGAUCUGGCAGCAGCCCCGGACCCAGUUCUUGUACGCCUUACUGACAGUAAUGUGCUUUUACGUGACCAAAUCUGUCACGCUGACCUGCUGUGCACCGCUCAUUCUCAUGGGUGCGCGCUACUACUACAGCAGGAAAGUUAUCCAGAAUUAUUUGGACUGUGCUCUGAACACGGACAUGGCUGACAUUGAGGCCUAUUACAUGAAACCCACAGGCUCCUGCUUCUGGGUGGCGGUUCUGGACGGGCGCGUUGUGGGCAUCGUGGCAGCGCAGGGCCACGAGGACGACAACACCGUGGAGCUGCGGCGCAUGUCAGUGGACUCUCGCUACCGGGGCAAAGGCAUCGCGAAGGCCCUGGGCCGCCGCGUUCUGGAGUACGCCGUGCGCAACAACUACGCCGCCGUGGUCCUCGGGACGACCGCCGUCAAGUUGGCCGCCCACAAGCUGUACGAGUCGCUGGGCUUCUGCAGGACGAGCCAGAGCGAGGACUACAGGCUACCCGGGAUGAGCCGCUCGCCGCUGGAGAGGCUCUUCUUUCAGAUCCGCCACAGCCGCUACCGCCUGCAGCUCCGUGAGGAGUGAGAGGUGACGGAGAGAGAGAGAGAUGGAGGAGGGGGAGACGGAGGGAGAGAGGGACAGAGAGAGCAAACACCCUCCUUCACCUUUGAACCCCAACUGCAUCCUCUCCUCUGACAGUUUUUAUUUAUUUUGAGUCGUAGUUAUGUUUGAGUAACCCUUUUGCUAUUUCAUGGUGAAGUCACUAAUGUUUUUUAUCGUUACACUUUUCUUGCUAUAGUUUUUGUAUUUUAAGUUUACACACUCUGAGUAUAUAUAUUUUUAAGUUUCAUUAACCUAACUUUUUGGCAUUCUUGUCCCUCCCUCUCCAUCGGAGAAAUAAAACUACGUAUUAGACAUUUAGCUGGCAUCCAAACCAAUCACUGUCCGGCCUUUGACCCCAGAUUAUGUGGGGCAGAUCAAACCCACCGGAGGGUCGGAUGCGACGAGGUGGUUGAGAUACGGUUUUCUUGAGAGGUGAAGAAGUUUAAUAAUUAUUAGCAGCCCUGGUAAAAAAGUGUACAAAAGACAAAUCUUUAAAGUAAGUGGUUCUCGUUUUAUCUUUCACGUUUCUCUAAAAACGUUGCCAUACAAAGAGAAACAAUGGAAAAAAGUAAGACCUACUUCCGUCGUUACUUCAUAAUAAGAGUCCAAACACAUUUUCCCCACUAAUUUCCUGAUUUAUUUACGUUCUCUUGUUUUUCCCAUUCUGAAGACCGGCUAAGAGAAACGGGCCUCAGUGGCUGCGUUUCCAUUGGCUACAUAAUUCGGCAAAUUGAAUCCAAAAUAGAUUUGCUUAAUGGCAAUGAAAAAAAAAAAAAAAAAAAAAAAAAAAAAGUUUUUGCGCUAGAAUGAGGUUGUUUUUCAACCUCAAUGAAAUUAGUGUAUUUCA